AGAACCAAUCGAAAUGGCUCGAAAUGUCGAUCCACAACAUCGCAUCCAGUGGCAAAUUCUCCAGCGAUCGCACAAUCGCCGAAUACGGUCGUGAGAUCUGGGGUAUCGAACCAACGUGGAAUAAGCUGCCCAACCCGUCCGAGGCCCCACACAACAAGUAAAUCACCACACCAAAAAAGUGGUGAAAUGGGCGGAUGGUGUAGUACGAUCGAAACACGUGCAGAAAACAACAGAGGUGUACACACUGCCACCGGAGCAAAAAUCGGUUACUAAUCACACAGCAGAAUGGGAAGAUCAAUAUGCUUACAGCGUUGGCAAAACUAGCGAGACUUUGGGGUUUUAGUUUUCCUAUCAGUGUAUGAUUUGUCUGCGUCAAGAACGGACCCUUCGUCUCUAAACGUUUUACUUAGUGUUAGGAAAGCAAGCAACCAUUUACUCGAAACCGUUUGCUUGAAUUGCAAAAGAUGGAAGAUGUGGGGCGUAGGAAUCAAAUGAAAGAACCUAGCUAAAAGAUAUUUCAAAUUGUUCAAUAAAAAUUGUUAUCGAUGUGUGUCGUUAGCUGUAACUUGCAUGGUUAAAUAAAAAUGAACACAAUACACACACAAAAAAAACAAGCAAAAUCAUCAAAUCAAACAUUUUAAUUAGGGUUCCAUCAAUUAGAUAUUAUGCUUCUUCAUUUAUCUAUGUAGCAUAUAGCAACCACCGGGGGAAAGAGACAAAAGUAAAACAAAUGAUAUUAGAAACUAAUCAAAAUCUAGCCGAUAAACAUGUACAUCCUCAAAAAUCCAGCAAAUGAGGCAAAGCUGAAAAGAAAUUAAAACUGUACUAUUAACAAAGAUUCUGUUGCAAAAUUUGAGCAUCUUAUUGUUAUUAAUAUAUUUCCUUUUAUUUUUAUAUGAAAUAAACUUAUUACCUUGGAA